UUCAUCCUCUCUGCCCCUCCUCUCUGUCCAGUAGUCUGCCUCCAGCUGAUGCUGAUGUAUUGGCAGCUUGAUCAUUCCACCCCGCUGAGUUUGUUAUCAGGAUGUGUGUGUUACUUUGUCUGUGAGUGUGUGUCGUGUCCACAACUGUGUGUGUGUGUGUGUGUGUGUUAUUGGGUGUGUGUGUGUACUUCCUAGUUCCUCAUUUCUAUUUUUGUUCCAUUGAUAUUUUGUCCAACUCCACGCCCCUCUGUGGAAGGGUUAGUAGGGUUAGCGAUGUUCUCCUCGUCCUCCAAACCCUCUCUCUUCUCCUACUGGACGUCCAUGGAUCAGACAGACUCUGAAGUGCUGGACAUUAGCACCAAGGUGCAGCUGCAUGGGGUGCUCUGGAAGAGGCCCUUCGGACGGUCCUCCGCCAAGUGGUCCCGCAGAUUCUUCAUCAUCAAAGACAGUUUCCUGCUCUACUAUGCAGAGAAUGAGAAGAGAAGCUUUGAGACCAACAAACACUUUAACAUCCACCCCAAGGGUGUGAUCCCCUUAGGAGGCUGUGUUGUGGAUCCGAAGGAAGACCAGGGCAUGCCAUUUGCCAUGGUUAUAAAUCAUGACGACUUCACUGGUAACAUUGUCCUGGCUGCAGAGAAUGAGGCAGAACAAAACCAGUGGCUGGAGAUGCUGCAGGAGUCUGGCAGAGUCACCUGGAAGAACGCCCAACUGGGAGAAGCCAUGAUAGAGAGCCUGGAAGCCCAGGGACUGCAGCUGGCCAAGGAGAAGCAAGAGUACCUGGAUAAGCUGAUGGAGGAGACAGAAGAACUGAGCCUGCAGCGAGAACAGAAGGAGCAUCUGGAACGUCUGAACCUGGUUCUGGAGGAGGAGAAGCAGAAGUUUGAGGAGCUGGUGACGGAGCUUAGAGCAGAGCAAGAUCAGAUCAAACUGGACUUGGACGGCACAGCACAGUCUCUGAAAGGUGUGGAGUCUGAAAAAGAGGAGCUGAACAGUUUAACAACACUUCUUCAGAAAUCUAUUGAGGAGCUGUCCCAUGAGAAGCAGCGAACCCUGGAGUUGUUGAGGGAGAAGGAGCUUGAGCAGGGGGCUGAGCAUCCAGAGAAGGACGAGGAGCAGGAGGUGCAGCCUGGUGACACGGGACUGCGAUCGGAGCUGAGACACAUUGAAGAGCAGAUGAGGGAACUGCAGAGAGAGAAGGAGCAGGCUGAGGAGAGGCUAACGGAGAAUGAGCAGCGUGCCACAGUUCUGCAACAGGAAAGAGAGUUCUACUCCUGUCAGUCCAGGACUCUACAGCAGUCCCUCACACAGCUCACUGUGGACAAGAAGCAAACUGAGGUGGAACUCAAGGUGGAGAUUGAGUCUCGUAUGGAGCUGGAGCGGAGGCUGAAGCAGGCUGAGGAGGCUCUACGGAACCUGGAGAAAGGUCUGAGCUCUCUGGAACGCUCCAAAGAGAAGGACGACAAGAUGAAGGGAGACGUCAACAACCUCAGGAAGUUCUUUGAGGAGUGUAUCUGUGCUGCAGAGAUCGAGGCCAAGCUCCCUUCUAUAAUGAAGAAUGCUGUGUAUCUCCACAAGGCUACAGCACGACGCAUUAAGAGCUGUCGGAUCCAGAGACGGGCCUCCAAACACCACUGGUUGAAACACUCCCAGUCAUUCGUGGUUGCCCGUAGCGACGGCGCCAGCAUGGAGGACCUGAGGGAGACUGCCCGGCAACUGACCUCCGACAGCUGCUUCAGGAAGAGCGUCUACAAGAUCAUCACACGCCACGACCAGGAGGCCUCCGCCAAGAAAGAUGACUGACAGAGAUAGGGAGGGAUGGAUUGCGGGAGGGAUUGUGUGUGUGUGUGUGUGUGUGUGUGUGUGUGUGUGUGUGUGUGUGUGUGUGUGUGUGUGUGUGUGUGUGUGUGUGUGUGUGUGUGUGUGUGUGUGUGAGAGAGAGAGAGACUGAUUCCUCAGUGUAAUAGUGUCAAGUCCUGUCAUCUGCUCCCACGGUGUUGUAGCUGGGUCGGGAUUAUCUUUAGGAUGUCAUCUCUUCAACAUGAUGUCAUCUCUUCAACAUGAUGUCAUCUCUUCAACAUGAUGUCAUCUCUUCAACAUGUCAUCUCUUCAACAUGAUGUCAUCUCUUCAACAUGAUGUCAUCUCUUCAACAUGAUGUCAUCUCUUCAACAUGAUGUCAUCUCUUCAACAUGAUGUCAUCUCUUCAACAUGAUGUCAUCUCUUCAACAUGAUGUCAUCUCUUCAACAUGAUGUCAUCUCUUCAACAUGAUGUCAUCUCUUCAACAGGUUGUGUUCAAACUGCAUUACAAGACUUUUAUGCAAAAUAUUUUUAUUCAAACAAAAUUCAUGUUUAUUGUUAAAGAUAUAGCAGCUCUCUUUACUGUCCUACAGCUUGGAGGACGGUCGGAAAAAUAAUGCAUAUAGUUAUUGAACCAACACGAUAUGACAAUGUGAUGGUUUACAGUACAGUACAGGCAGAAGCCUUAAACCUGACCCUGGGUAACACCAAAGAUGUACCCUUUAAAAUAGGAAUUCAAUUGUAAAUCAACCAUAUGGUCGACACACACACUGCAGGUCGACACACACACUGCAAGUUGACACACAACACACACACUACAGGUCGACACACACACA